CACGGAUACACGCGCACACGCGACCACCAACCCGGCUGGAAAUAGAGCCACAGGCUCGAACACGCACACGCACACACGCUUGGAAGGAAUGCAAAGCAGAUGGACGCGGUGACAUCACACCCCGGAGGCGGAGCUAGUGAGUACUCCGACCAAUCAGAGUGCAUCUCCAGCCAGCCGACCACCGGCAGACCGCGCCUACUUCAGUGUGCAGGCCAGCACGCCACUCCCGAAACUCAGAGCCAAGUGGACGUCCAAAGAAACACGUCGCACUGUCAUGUCAUCGCCAAUGUCGCCCCAGGCACGGACAGUUUGUCAGCGGCUCCUCCCCCUCCUCCGCCGUGCACCAAUAAGAAGCGUCUCUCCUCCAGCGAAAGCCACACCCUCAUUGAAGAAGUGGCGGGAGACGACUGUUGCGUUCACUGCCUGCUGGCGUGUCUGUUCUGCGAGCUUCGGGCCAUGUGCUGGGCGGCGGAGAGGUGCGUGACGCGCGGAGGGCCCGUGUCCAGCUGCUGCGGGUUGGUGGACACUUGCUGCUCGUGCUGCUGCCGCUGCUGCUGUCGGGACGAGGCGUGUGAGGCCCCGUUGGAUUGUGGGAUACUGGAGGAGUGCUGCAGCUCGACCGACUGCUUGGAGAUUUGUCUGGAGUGUUGCGCCAUAUGCUUCCCUUCUUAAAACGGGCCAUUCGGAGGACGACUACGAGAUGACGCCGCUCCAAACGUGACACGUGGUUAGCAUGUUUGCCCCACAGUCCAGAGGUUGUGGGUUCCAAACAUUGACUGGCAACCAUUCUUGGCUUUUUUAUUUUUUGUGCGUGCCCUGAUGCUGGCUUCGUUGUUUGUCUAAACGUGCCCAUUUGUGCAAGUUUUGUGGCAUCUCAAAGAUACUCGGUGUGAUUGACAGCUCCGGAGAGGAAGUGUGCACGCGGGUUUCACUUUACGGAACAUUCAAACAGGACACAAGAAGUCACCGAAAUGACAACCUUUGUGCCCGGGCCGUCCACCUCAAAGACACACGCACAUACUCGUGCACGCAUAAAACAGAUACAUACAUAAAUCCAAAUACACACGCGCACACACACACACACACGCGGGAGUACCUCAAGUGACUCAUUACCGGCCUCUCGGUGGUAUAUUUUUUAAUAACGCAACCUGUGGGCCUCGUUUGAGUAAUUUUCUUUUUUUGCAAUACUUGGCAUAUGCCAGACACGGUGGACGACCAGUUAGAGCGUCUGCCUCACAGUUCUGAGGACUGGGGUUCAAUCCCCGUGGGUUUUCUCCGGGCACUCCGGUUUCCUCCCACAUCCCCAAAAAACAUGCAUGCUAGAUUAAUUGAAGACUCUAAAUUGCCCGUAGGUGUGAAUGGUUGUUUGUUUGUAUGUGCCCUGCGAUGACAGCUGGGAUAGGCUCCUGCACGCCCGCGACCCUAGUGAGGAGAAGCAGCUCAGAAAAUGGAUGGAUGGCAUAUGCCAAUGAUGCAAGGGACUAAAAGGGAGGCAUAAAUGUCUUAUUUCUUUCUUUGCUAAUAUUAUAGAAAAUAUAUGUCUAUUCACACGUUUUAUGAUGAAACCGGUCAUUCAAACAAGACCUUUUGUGUUUUCUCACUUUAUUUCCAUAUAAAGUUUCAAUAUAUAGAUAUGAUACAAUGUUACAUGGUUGUAAACAACAAUAAACACGACUCCCUUUA